GGAGCUGGGAGCUGGGAGCUGGAGCUUCCCGAACUUGGCGCGCGUCCGGGAACCUCGCGCGAUCUCUCUCCAUCCUCGGGGCUCUUGGAGGAGCAGUUGAGCCCGAGUGUCAGGGGACAGAGUUGUAAAAAGUUCCUCCGGUGAUCGAAGUGUUCCGUCAGGUCUGAGAACUUGACUGGGACUCGUCCAGGCCCCAUCGCUCAAGCGGACCCGGACUCUUGCCUUACCUUAGUGCUUCAGCAACUGUAAAAUGGGCUGAAGACAUUAAGUGACAAGUCAAGAGAAGCAAAAGUCAAAGGCAAACCCAGGACUGCUCCAUAUUUGCUGAAAUAUUCUGCUGGACUAGAAUUACUUAGCAGGUAUGAGGAUACAUGGGCUGCACUUCACAGAAGAGCCAAAGAAUGUGCAAAUGCUGGAGAGCUGGUGGACAGCGAAGUGGUCAUGCUCUCGGCUCACUGGGAGAAGAAAAGAACCAGCCUGUCAGAGCUGCAAGAACAGCUCCAGCACCUUCCAGGGCUCCUCACAGACCUAGACUCCAUGAUGGCCAGCCUGGCUCAUUUGGAGUCUAGUUUUGAGGAGGUAGAAAAUCACCUGCUACAUCUGGAGGAUCUGUGUGGGCAGUGUGAAUUAGAAAGACAUAAACAUGCACAGUCUUUGUGCCUGGAAAAUUAUAAGAAGAGUAAGAGGAAGGAACUUGAAGUCUUCAAAGCUGAACUAGAUGCGGAACACACACAGAAGGUUCUGGAAAUGGAACACACCCAGCAGCUGAAGCUGAAGGAGCGGCAGAAGUUCUUCGAGGAAGCCUUCCAGCAAGACAUGGAACAGUACCUGUCCACAGGCUACCUGCAGCUCACGGAGCGGCGCGAGCCCAUGGGCAGCAUGUCAUCCAUGGAGGUGAAUGUGGACGUGCUGGAGCAGAUGGACCUGAUGGACAUCUCUGACCAGGAAGCCCUUGAUGUCUUCUUGAACUCGGGCACAGAGGACAAUGCUGUGCUGUCCCCUGGUUUAGAGCCUGAAUCCGACCCUUGUCAGAAUGACAUUACUCUUCCAGUUCCAAAUCCUACAGAAUUAGCACCUCAGUCGCCGGCCUCACCUUCUUUCUGCACUGAUGUGGCCACCGGUAAUGGGGGAGACUGUCCCCUCGUCCAGUCUGAUGAGGAAGAGGUCCAGGUGGACACUGCCUUGGCCACUUUACAUGCCGACAGAAAGGCCACACCAGAUGUCAGUGAUGACAGUGACUCGACUCAGGACAUUUAAGUGAAGUGUCAGCGGUCUGGACAGUCCAGCUGCAGGGCCAGGCUGUUUGAGUCUUGACUCAACCCAGUUGCCAGUGGCGUUUGAGAAGCUGAGAGAAGGGCUAACAAUAAAAUUUUGAGGACUAGACACUGAACUGA